AUGAGAUUUGAGGUUAAUUUGUCAAUAAUUUCCAUAGGGGACUGUCUUGGUCAAAUUCAUAAAGUGGAGUGGCUAAAUUGGUCGAUUAGACCAAAAAUUGAAAUUAGGGAAAAGGGGUCAGGUCUCCGUUUUCUUCAAUUUGAGAAAAAGAAACAACCGAUCGAAGAAAGGGAUCUAAUGGUGUUCGAUCGGGAAAAGAAGCAGGGGGAGGAUCUCUGGGGUUUCGCUGGACCGAAGGAAAAAGAAGAAAAGAAGCAGGAAGUUGCUAUCGAUUCUUGGUGGGUGAAGAACUUGCUAGUCUUGAUUGGCUUUAUGGGUGCUCCUAAGCAGAAAUGGACAUUUGAAGAAGAAGCAGCUCUAAAAGCUGGAGUUCUUAAGCAUGGAGCAGGAAAAUGGUGCACAAUUCUUAAAGAUCCAAAGUUUAGAAGUGUGUUAUACCUGCGCUCUAAUGUGGAUAUUAAGGACAAAUGGAGGAACAUGAGUGUAAUGGAAAAUGGAUGGGGAUCUAAGGAGAAGGCUAGGUUAGCCCUGAAAAGAGUGCAACAUGUCCCUAAGGAUGACAACCUUCUCUCACUCACAACUGCUGAUCCCAGUGAUGAAGACUCGGGUGAUGUGAGGCCUCUUCAGUCUUCUAGUGGUUCUCCACAAGUUGGUGCUUCAAAAAGAUCUAUGAUAAGGCUGGACAAUCUUAUAAUGAAGGCAAUAAACAACUUGAAGGAGCAUGGUGGCUCUAAUAAGACUACCAUUGGCACAUACAUAGAGGUAUAUUUGGGUGAGCAGUAUGUGAACAACCCUACACUUUCUGAUGUAACUUUAAUGAUUGAAGGCAAAAGGUUUUAUGCUCACAUAAUCUGCUUGCUUGCUUCUUCUGAUGCGUUUCAGGCAAUGUUUGAUGGUGGUUAUAGGUUUGGUUGCAUUCUAGGAGAGAGAUGCAAAAGAUAUUGGGAGACAUUUGAGAAAAUGAUUAGGUGCAUUUACACUGGAUCAGUGGAAGUGGAUUUAAGAAUAGCCCAGGAUCUCCUUAGAGCUGCCGACCAAUAUCUUCUAGAUGGUGUGAUAGAUUUUCAAGACGUUUCAUUGCAGCCAUUCAAGGGACACAAGAAAGAGAUCAUUCUUCAGAAAGGAUCGGUAUGUUCUCAUGAAAGGUAUGGAAUUGUAGAAGGGUGA